UCCAAUUCCAACGACAAUAGCAGCUAACAGAGUCAAAAAUCACAGGAGUAACUCACGGCUAUACACGGAAAGCAGCGGCGGCAGUACGCGUACAACGGUACGCUGCAUUUUCUCGUCGUCUUCCUCUUUUCCCCGACAAACAGUACGCGUAGUACUGUUCCAGCGCCGAUUCCAGCAGGCAGCUUCAUCCUUCGCAGCCAGGUGGAAUUAUCUCCUCGUCCCUUUGUCCUCACCUCAAGAUCGAACGACCCUUGUUGUUUAGCCGUUGGAGUUUGUUGAAAAAUUGGUGUUGUCGCACAUCAAGGAGCAAUUUUUCUGUUCUUAGGGAGGAAGUUCAAAUUUCGAAAAAGGGAUUCCAGUUUUACCCUCAUUUUUCCCCCUCAAAUCUACCCUAGCUCCCCCUCUAUAUAAACUCUCAUUUUUAUCAUUGUUAAGGGGGGGUUUUUGAGCGAAAAUAUAGAGAAUAACUUGAGCAAAAGUAGCAAUACACUCCCGAAUAGAGAACUGCUCAUAUUCUGUCCAAGUUCUUCAUUUCGCUGUUCGUGGUUAAAUUUUCGUGGUGGAAGCAUUCCCAGAAACUCGUCACCGUCCCAUUCGCUGCUCAGCAAGAGGUAAACAUUUAGUAACUAUUUUGUUCAUCUCGAGUUUGAACGUGUUGAAUCGUGUUUUGUUCUUUGUCGAUUCAAGAGGGAUCCGAUAUGACAUGCUCAAGCUGAGUUUUUCUCUUCAUCUUAAGCUUUCUGAAACUGGUAUUGUGUGCUUCGCUUUCGAAAAUGUCUUAAUACCUGUUUGAAUUUGUUGUCGCUGUUUCUUAGUCUUCUUGAGAUCGUGGUUGUGCUCGCCUUAAGCUUGGUUUGUUCAUUUGUUAACCGCCAUGAUUAUGUUCUGUGUCUGCUUGCUGGAAUAAUUUUUUCUUGUUUUGAGUAUAUGUUCUGAAGUGUCAAAGAAGCCACUUCGUUAUUUCUCUAGUGUAUUUUCAAGUAUAGAUCAGUAAUUUUAGUUCAAUAUUGCUCGGUUGUUUUGGGAUAACCUCGUAGUAUGAAGAUGUUACACUCGUUUAGUAGUAUUUGAUGACUACGUUCUGCUUGGAUUCUUUUGUUCAUCCUAGUUAAUUCAAUCGGUUUGGCCAUGAGCGUAAAAGGGAGCUUCCUACUAGCAUGAGUUGGCUGCCCAUUUACUUUAAAUGUUCUUCUCUUUAAGUCUGUGUUUAAUCGACAUGAAGAUGACAUUCUCCAUCUUUUCUUUUGAGGUUUUCAAAGUGUAUGUUGCUAAUGGUAAUAGUAAGUUAGUUUUAGUUUAGAAUUCAUGUUUAGUUUUGCGUAAUUUUUAUCCUAGUUUGGACAGCGGAUGAGUAUGCUAUUUUCGGGUUUUGCAUUUUUUCGGUUUGUCUCUCGUAAUUUCGAAUAUCGCCAAUUUUAUUAUAUGGUGAUUUAUGCAUCGUAAUUUUCCAGCAUGCCUUAGUUUCUUUUGCGCCUCGUUUUGUUUAGGUUUAGAUAGUAUUCCAUUGUUUGUUUGCUUCUUGGAAUUUGGAAGUUGUUGGGAUCCUUUGGUUUGCAUUGCUAAUUGUCUGUAAUACUCAUUGUACAGUAGAUUAAUUAGCCGAUUUGUUUAUACUCUGAGGAUUAUUUUUUAUUUUUAUUUUAUUUUAUUUCUGGUGCACUUAUAUGCAUAACUAGCUUAGUGUUUGGUCUGUUAAGUUGAUCUAACCUGCAGCUCUUUGGCCUUUAGUUAGUUUUAAGUUUCUCUUACUCAUUUUGAUGUCCAAAUCUAUUUCCAGGAGAUUAGUUGCUAUUAUAAUUGACUGUUCUUUUUUUUUUAAAUCUAUUUGUUGUUAUUUCUGAUUUUUUUAGGAAGCUUAUGAAUGUGUAUUUGUUCCACUUAGCUGUUGACCAAAUUUUUGCUUACAUUCAAUUGUGAUUACGGUGACUUCUGUUUUGCAUAUGAGGAAUUGCUUUACGAUGGAAAGUUGCACUCUUUGUCCCUGGUUGUUUCUUUCUUUUAUUGGGCAGAUUUAAGUUGCAUUAUUAAAUGUUGCUUGAGUUUCGUUUAUAUGUCAAAUUAGAAUCAGCCCUCUUCUUGAUCAAUUACUAAUUCUUUUUCUUCGUUUUCUUCGCAUGAAUUCUCUUCCAUUGAGUCCACUUGGACUCCCCAUCUCUUGCAUAUUCUUCUUUUCGAGUCAACCUCUAUCAAGUUGAGAGAGAAGUAAAUACAUUGGGUUAAAGCUGCCUGAAAAUCAGCAGCACCAGCAGCUUAGAAAGGCCGAAAAAUGAGGAGCGAAAUUGGGUUAAAACCCAAAAAUCAGAAGCAGCAGCUAAAGGGGCUAAGAAGGUGGAAUUUUGGACUUAAAAAGUCCAAUUUGAACUUGCAACAGCAGCGAUACAAAGAAGAAUUUAUGGACUCAAAAGUCCGAAAACAUAGAUGCAACAGAGAAGAAAAUGAGGCAGCGGCCGAAUUUGGACCAAAAAGUCGGCGUUACUUAUUAAUUUUCAUUUCGAAAGUGAUUGCAGAAGAAAGUCAGAGGAUACUUGGCAAGGCUAAUUCAGCUUCUGUUGGUGAUGCUUCCUCUAACACUAGGCACAUGAAUGAAGCUCUAGCAUUCUUCAGUGGCAACAAUCCAAAUCACAACUUCUCUAGUUCCAGUGGAUCAAGUGCUGGUGUCUCCAACUUCAGAUCUAAGAACAACUCCAAUAGUCACCUGUACUGUGAUUAUUGUAACUGGAAAGGCCAUACAAAAGAUCGUUGCUAUAAGCUUCAUGUAUAUCCCUCUGACUGGAAGGGUAAGAAGAGGAUAUGUAAUGACACAGAUUCAACUCUGAGAACCACAUGUAUAUCCUCUACUGAUAAGUGGAUAGUUGAUUCUGGUGCCUCCAAACACAUGGUUCGUAAUCUGCACAUGUUAUCUCAUUACAAACCAUUAACUCCUUCACAAGAGGGAAGAGUGUAUCUACCUACUGGUAAACUUGCCACAGUCAGUCACAUUGGAUCAUCUCAAAUUCUAGGAGGAAUUGAGAUUACGAAUGUCCUGCAUAUUCCUAAGUUUCAGUAUAACUUACUUUCUGUGUCUAAACUCACAAAGGAAUUGAACUGUACUGUUCUGUUCAACCCUGACUUUUGCAUUUUUUAGGACCUCUUCAAUGGGAGAGUGAGGGGGAUUGGCAAGUUGGAGAAUGACAUGUAUGUGCUCACUACUGACUGUCAGUUGCAGUCAUAAGGAUCUCAACUACAUGCAGUCUCACAUCAUGAUCAAGUCACUCCAGUCUUUACGUCUUGUUCUG